ACAAUAAAGCAAAACGCACGCGCAACGCGUCGGUUCCCUGCCUCCCGCUUGGAGCUGUCCAACGCUGCUGGUGCUGAAACAGCGCGCGGACCCAACCCCUGCGCCCAGUGACCAGAGUCAAAGAGGGAAGCCGGUCCGAAUCGCCACUGUUCCGUGCAACGGGCGCCAGCAAGGCUGUGAGUUUCCAGAGAAGCGAAGUGAAGCGUUCCUGUUUAAAAAAGACUCCCGUCGCAGAAAAGGACUCGGAGCUGCCUUCAUAGGACCAGCGUGGGAAAGCGCCCCUCGGGAUGGAUCUGACCGGACGCGCUCCCUUAGGGAGAGCUUGAAAGCUGCCCUUGGAUAUUUUUAAUAUUAUUAUUGUUAUUAUUAUUAAUCUCGCGGUUUCCCCACUUUGGUUUUGUUUCUCCUCUUUCUUCCUCGUUUCGAAGAGGCCAUGUCCCCGCAGUCUGCGCACACCAAGAAAGAGCAGGUACGGUUUGGAGGCUGAUAUGUAAAGCAAAAUGGCUAAAGUUGAUACCUAUCACUCCUGUCCUGCGAUCCAUAGGCUGUCUCUGAAGACUAUCAACGAUGACCCUGAUGAUAAGCUUGAAAAUGGAUUUACCAGGACCCGCUCGCUGUGUGAGGAGGACACGUCUCCCGAAUUGCACAGAGUCAUUUCCAUGGAGACGGGCGGCCUGCCUGAAUCUCGAAGAAGCUCGUUCUCAGGCAGCGGAGCGAUGGCUAGGUUAUCGUGGUUCAUCUUAUCACUGCGAUCCUGGGCCAGGAGGAACUUGCAUCAUGAAGACCAAAGGCCAGAUUCCUUUCUUGAGCGAAUCCGAGGGCCAGAACUCAAAGACAUUCCCAGUAGAGACAGCAACACCCAGCUGAACUACGAAGAGGCAGAUGGACUGAAAAAGAAGAAGAAAGAGGUCUUUGUGAUGGACCCUUCAAGCGAUCUGUACUAUAGGUGGUUGACCAUCAUUGCAACACCCGUCUUCUAUAACUGGUGUUUGAUAGUGUGUAGAGCCUGUUUCGAUGAGCUUCAACUGGAACACAUUACACUUUGGCUGAUCUUGGACUAUUCCUCUGAUGUCAUCUAUGUCCUGGACACAUUUGUCAGGUACAGAACAGGUUUCCUGGAACAAGGACUACUAGUUCGCGAUGAAAAAAAGUUAAGACUGAAUUAUCAAUCUACUACGCAGUUCAAGCUGGACUUGCUCUCUCUUAUCCCAACAGACCUGGGCUAUUUUAAAUUUGGGAUUAACUAUCCUGAGCUGCGCUUUAAUCGGCUGCUGAGAAUUGCUAGGUUAUUUGAGUUUUUUGACCGUACAGAAACGAGAACAAACUACCCAAACAUGUUUCGAAUUGGGAACCUUGUCUUGUACAUUCUUAUCAUUAUCCACUGGAAUGCAUGCAUAUUUUUUGCUAUUUCCAAGCAGAUUGGAUUUGGAACAGACACCUGGGUCUAUCCCAAUAUAUCCCAUCCAGAACAUGGACGUCUGUCCAGGAAAUACAUUUACAGUUUAUAUUGGUCAACAUUGACAUUGACAACCAUUGGCGAGACUCCACCUCCUGUGAAAGAUGUAGAGUAUCUGUUUGUGGUCAUGGACUUCCUGGUUGGUGUGCUCAUCUUUGCUACCAUUGUCGGUAACGUAGGCUCUAUGAUCUCUAACAUGAAUGCCUCUAGGGCAGAGUUCCAGGCGAAGGUUGAUUCUAUCAAACAGUACUUGCAGUUCCGAAAAGUCACCAAAGACUUGGAAAACAGGGUUAUUAAAUGGUUUGAUUACCUGUGGACCAACAAGAAAACGGUGGAAGAGAAAGAAGUUCUGAAGUACCUCCCUGAUAAACUGAAGGCUGAAAUUGCCAUCAAUGUCCACUUAGACACACUAAGGAAGGUACGCAUCUUCCAAGACUGUGAAGCUGGACUUCUUAUUGAGCUGGUGUUGAAGCUAAGACCCACGGUCUUCAGUCCUGGAGAUUAUAUCUGCAAGAAAGGGGAUAUCGGAAGGGACAUGUAUAUUAUUAAGGAAGGGAAGCUGGCUGUCGUGGCUGAUGAUGGUGUGACCCAGUUUGUGGUCCUAAGUGAUGGCAGCUACUUUGGAGAAAUCAGCAUCUUAAAUAUCAAAGGCAGCAAAUCUGGCAACAGGAGGACAGCCAACAUCAGAAGUAUAGGCUAUUCUGACCUGUUCUGCUUAUCUAAAGAUGACCUGAUGGAAGCUCUCACUGAGUACCCUGAUGCCAAAAAGGCACUAGAAGAAAAAGGACGGCAGAUUUUGAUGAAGGACAAUUUGAUUGAUGAGGAAGCAGCUAAAGCAGGAGCAGAUCCCAAAGACCUGGAGGAGAAAAUAGAAAAGCUGGAAGCUGCCCUAGACAUUCUCCAGACCAGGUUUGCUAGACUCCACGGAGAGUACACUGCGUCUCAAGCCAAAGUCAAGCAGAGACUUGUAAAAGUGGAGACAAAAGUGAAGAAGUUUGGAAGUGGUACGCUGUCAGGUGACGAGGGUGAAAAACCACAGGAAGAGAAAAAGAAUUAAGGGGGCACUUUGAUCAUCUUCAUUCAGCUCAGAAUAUUGCAUCAGAGAAGAGAUAUGCACAUGAAAAUAUGUAAACAAGGCUAUUUUUAUAUGGACCCAAAUCAAUGGCAUUUGUAGCAUUUUUAACUGAAGCAAUUGUCAUGUAAAUAGGAAAUUCUUAUGUUUUAUGAUAUUUUUAGAAACAGUUCUUCACUUCCUUUUUGUUGUUGUUCAUUUUGUAUUGGUUACGGGUUUCUUAUGAGUCAUGAUCAGACCUCCUUGAUGGCAGAGUGUGUGCAUGUCUGACUGCAUUUGUGAUUGAUACCUUUCACAAUGUAUUUGGCACCAAGGAGGUCUUCUGUAAACUAAUAACUUAGUGGACUGAUCAAACAGAUGCAUACAUAUAAAUAAGAAUGCUACUUGCACCAUUUCCGCUUUGAAAUCAUAGCAGCCUCCCAGUGAAUAUAAUUUAUCCACU